AUGAGCGCGGAUCGCCUGGUCCCCUUGAGGGUCGCCCCGAGCGUAGCAGAGGAUGUCGGUGAUGUGGGCGGCAAGGCCUCGCUGUGGCUUUUGUUGCUUGAACCGAUGUUCUCAUUAAUGUUCUGUGUUGUCAUUGUCGGCGAGGUCUUGUUCAUCAUCACCCAAAGCAUUGCGAUUGCGUUCCAGAUCUCAGAUGUAAUGCUCCCGAUUGCUGAUGCAUUUGUGCCUCUUGUGCAUGGUUGUAUAGAGGUCAAUGUCGAGCUCGCGCAGGCCAAGGCUAUGGAAAACAGCUAUCGCAUGGCUGAGUUCGGCUGUACAGGCGCGGAAAUGGUCGGUGCAGCAGUGGGUGGUGCGGUGAGUGGCACAGUGGGCCCGCCGGUCUCCGUCACUGCCUUCCAAGACUUGCAGUCUCAAGUGGAGCAGUUGCAACGCCAGGUUAAGGAGCUAAGCAGGGCGCAGGACCUUAUGCGUGAGGCGAGCAAGGUUGCACCAGAGAGUGCUGAGCCGACUGUGCAGUCGCAAAGCACCGGACCGAUACCGGAGUUGAUAUGA